CUGUGGAUGGCAGAGGACUGCUGGAUCCAGGCCAGGUUCUACCUUGGACUCCAGCAGGACGAGGAAUUGCAGGACGGAGAGCCUUUCUGUUUCAGUGUCCUGGUCGGACACGGCCAGAGCCACACCUUCAGUGUGGAGACGACCUCUGACCUCGCUGUGUGGGAGAAGUCCUUCCAAAGAGCAGUCUUCAUGGAGGUGCAGAGAGUAGGGGUGAGUGGAACAGCAAAUUAGGUUUGUUCGGCAAUGAUUUGAUGCUCUCCGGAGUCAAAGGUUCUUAUAAGUGGUGCUGAGAUACUGUAUGACUGACAUUUUACACACUUUGAACUGGGCCACAUUCCCCAAAGAGCUUUCAUAGUGUUAUCACAAUGACACAUUUUAACUGCAGCAAAUUCGAUGCCAACACAUUAACUCCAGCAGUGCAUUCAUUUUGAUAAUGUGUUCCAUUUAGUGGAUUAUUCUAGAAUAGUACUUAGGGCUCUAUUUUAACAAACCUAACACAAUGGUAAAUCUAAGUGCAUAGGUUCAGGGGUGUGUUAGAAAUAUUUUGAUAUACUUUGAUGAAUAAACAAGUUGUGGGUCAAGUCUUGGCCCCUCACUCCAUGGCGAAAUAUGUGGUUGCUUCAAGUUGUGUACAUUUACAUUUGUAAAAAUUUUCGUCAUUUAGCAGACGCUCAAGUGUCUCCGGAAGUCCUGUGAGUGACUCCGCUGUCCUGGCGUCGUGAGGGAGCUUGUUCCACCAUUGGGGUGCCAGAGCAGCGAACAGUUUUGACUGGGCUGAGAGGUAGGGGGGCCAGCAGGCCAGAGGUGGAUGAACGCAAUGCCCUCGUUUGGGUGUAGGGACUGAUCAGAGCCUGAAGGUACGGAGGUGCCGUUCCCCUCACAGCUCCGUAGGCAAGCACCAUGGUCUUGUAGCAGAUGCGAGCUUCAACUGGAAGCCAGUGGAGUGUGCGGAGGAGUGGGGUGACGUGAGAGAACUUGGGAAGGUUGAACACCAGAUGGGCUGCGGCGUUCUGGAUGAGUUGUAGGGAGCCCAGCCAACAGCGAGUUGCAGUAAUCCAGACGGGAGAUGACAAGUGCCUGGAUUAGGACCUGUGACGCUUCCUGUGUAAGGCAGGGUCGUACUCUGCGAAUGUUGUAGAGCAUGAACCUACAGGAUCGGGUCACCGCCUUGAUGUUAGCAGAGAACGACAGGGUGUUGUCCAGGGUCACGCCAAGGCUCUUCGCACUCUGGGAGGACACAACGGAGUUGGCAACCGUGAUGGCGAGAUCAUGGAACGGGCAGUCCCUCCCCGGGAGGAAGAGCAGCUCCGUCUUGCCGAGGUUCAGCUUGAGGUGGUAAUCCGUCAUCCACACUGAUAUGUCUGCCAGACAUGCAGAGAUGUGAUUCGCCACCUGGUUAUCUGAAGGGGGAAAAGAGAAGAUUAAUUGUGUGUCGUCUGCGUAGCAAUGAUAGGAGAGGCCAUGUGAGGAUAUGACAGAGCCAAGUGACUUGGUGUAUAGCGAGAAUAGGAGAGGGCCUUGAACUGAGCCCUGGGGGACAUAAGUGGUGAGAGAGAACGUGGUGCGGAGACAGAUUCUCGCCACGCCACCUGGUAGGAGCGACCUGUCAGGUAGGACGCAAUCCAAGAGCGAGCAGCGCCGGAGAUGUCCAACUCGGAGAGGGUGGAGAGGAGGAUCUGAUGGUUCACAGUAUCAAAGGCAGCAGAUAGGCUUGGAAGGACGAGAGCAGAGGAGAGAGAGUUAGCUUUAGCAGUGCGGAGAGCCUCCGUGACACAGAGAAGAGCAGUCUCAGUUGAAUGACCAGUCUUGAAACCUGACUGGAUCAAGAAGGUCAUUUUGAGAGAGAUAGCAAGAGAGUUGGCUAAAGACGGCACGCUCAAGAGUUUUGGAGAGAAAAGAAAGAAGGGAUACUGGUCUGUAGUUGUUGACAUCGGAGGGAUCGAGUGUAGGUUUUUUGAGAAGGGGUGCAACUCUUGCUCUCUUGAAGACGGAAAGGACGUAGCCAGCGGUCAAGGAUGAGUUGAUGUGCGAGGUGAGGUAAGGGAGAAGGUCUCCGGAAAUGGUCUGGAGAAGAGAGGAGGGGAUAGGGUCAAGCGGGCAGGUUGUUGGGCGGCCGGCCGUCACAAGUCGCAAGAUUUCAUCUGGAGAGAGAGGGGAGAAAGAAGUCAAAGCAUAGGGUAGGGCAGUGUGAGCAGGACCAGCACUGUCAUUUGACUUAACAAACGAAGAUCGGAUGUCGUCAACCUUCUUUUCAAAAUGGUUGACGAAGUCAUCCAUGCUGUCACAGUCACUAGCCCAUUCAAGCUUAACAUCCUCGUCAUUUAUCGCCCUCCAGGUUCCCUUGGAGAGUUCAUCAAUGAGCUUGACGCCUUGAUAAGUUCCUUUCCUGAGGAUGGCUCACCCCUCACAGUUCUGGGUGACUUUAACCUCCCUACGUCUACCUUUGACUCAUUUCUCUCUGCCUCCUUCUUUCCACUCCUGUCCUCUUUUGACCUCACCCUCUCACCGUCCCCCCCUACUCACAAGGCAGGCAAUACGCUUGACCUCAUCUUUACUAGAUGCUGUUCUUCUACUAAUCUCACUGCAACUCCCCUCCAUGACCACUGCGCCACCUCCCGAGUGGCGCAGUGGUCUAAGGCACUGCAUCGCAGUGCUAGCUGUGACACUAGAGAUCCUGGUUCGAAUCCAGGUUCUGUCGUAGCCGGCCGUGACCGGGAGACACAUGGGGUGGCGCACAAUUGGCCCAGGGUAGGGGAGGGAAUGGCCGGCAGGGAUGUAGCUCAGUUGGUAGAGCAUGGCGUUUCCAUGUCAGGGUUGUGGGUUCGAUUCCCACGUGGGGCCAGUAUAUAAUGUAUGUACUCACUAACUGUAAGUCGCUCUGGAUAAGAGCGUCUGCUAAAUGACGUAAAUGUAAAAUGUCUCCGACCACUACUUUGUAUCCUUUUCUCUCUUGCUCUCCUCCAACACUACUCACUCAGCCCCUACUCAGAUGGUUAUGCGCCGUCGCAACCUUCGCUCUCUCUCUCCCGCUACCCUCUCCUCUUCCAUCCUAUCAUCUCUUCCCUCUGCUCAAUCCUUCUCCCUCCAAUCUCCUGAUUCUGCCUCCUCAACCCUCCUCUCCUCCCUUUCUGCAUCCUUUGACUCUCUAUGUCCCCUAUCCUCCCGGCCGGCUCGGUCCUCCCCUCCUGCUCCGUGGCUUGACGACUCAUUGCGAGCUCACAGAACAGGGCUCCGGGUAGCCGAGCGGAAAUGGAGGAAAACUAGACUCCCUGCGGACCUGGCAUCUUUUCACUCCCUCCUCUCUACAUUUUCUUCCUCUGUUUCUGCUACUAAAGCCACUUUCUACCACUCUAAAUUCCAAGCAUCUGCCUCUAACCCUAGGAAGCUCUUUGCCACCUUCUCCUCCCUGCUGAAUCCUCCUCCCCCUCCCCCCUUCCUCCCUCUCAUUUACAUUUACUUUUACGUCAUUUAGCAGACCCUCUUAUCCAGAGCGACUUACAAAUUGGUGCAUUCACCUUAUAGCCAGUGGGAUAACCACUUCUCCACCACACUCUCCUCAGGAAAGGAACUUAUCAAGGCGUCAAGCUCAUUGAUGAACUGGAGGGCGAUAAAUGAUAAGGAUGUUAAGCUUGAAUGGGCUAGUGACUGUGACAGCAUGGAAUUCAAAUGAGGAGAUAGACAGAUGGGUCAGGGGAGAAAGAGAGAAUGUCCACCUGGGAGAGAUGAGGAUUCCUGUGCCACCACCCUGCUGACCAGAUGCUCUCGGGGGUAUGCGAGAACACAUGGUCAGACGAGGAGAGAGCAGCAGGAGUAGCAGUGUUUUCUGUGGUAAUCCAUGUCUCCGUCAGCGCCAAGAAGUCGAUGGACUGGAGGGUAGCAUAGGCUGAGAUGAACUCUGCCUUGUUGGCCGCAGAAAGGCAGUUCCAGUGGCUGCCAGAGACCUGGAACUCCACGUGGGUCGUGCGUGCAGGGACCACCAGGUUAGAGUGGCAGCAGCCACGCGGUGUGAGGCGUUUGUAUAGCCUGUGCGGAGAGGAGAGAACAGGGUGUAUUUACAGUCUUUUAUGUAUUGCCUUGGAAUCAACUCCAAUUCCAAUAUUAGUCUGUUAUGGUUUGUUAAAUGGCUUACAGAAACGAAACAACAAAAUGUAGACCUAUCUUUGCUAAAUAGUUAGCUUGAACCCAUUUGCAGUCCACAUAGUUCUAAGUAAUUGCAUGGCUUCAAUAGCAUUCACACUGAUAUAGGGGCUAGGCCUACUGUAAAUUGCAUUAUGGCUGAGCAUGGACAUGCCAAACAUUGUCAAUUAGCAAGAUUAAAUUAAUUACUGAUAAGGCCUAAAAAGAGAACAAAUAAUUCUAAUCAAAUUCUAAACAAAACUGAACAACUUGUUUUAAAUAGGCUAUGUAUAAAUACAGUUACAGGUCCCAUAGUUUCUCCCCAUGGGCAUAUAAUAUUAAAACAACGCAGACUAUGGAGGGUUUUACGCACAUCCAGACUUUUCACAGUAGCUGGACAAAGAUCCAAUAUGAAGACAAAGGGAGAAUGUCCACUCACUGUUAUACUGCUCCCAAAUAGGCCUAUGUUUUCUGAACAUAAUCGGAACCAUCUUUCAGAUCAGAUCGCAUUCACACUUGUCCAGAAGUUGCAUUGCAUGCGCUCCAUGGACGUUGUAACCAUAAAACCAGGAAGGUGAAUCAUUCUAAUAAGAUUGGUUUUAAAAAAAAUGUAUGUAACCCCUUUUUCUCCCCAAUUUCGUGAUUACGAUCUUGUCUCAUCGCUGCAACUCCCCAACGUGCUCGGGAGAGGCGGAGGUCGAGUCAUGCGUCCUCUGAAACAUGAUCCACCAAGCCGCACUUCCUAACACCCGCUCGCUUAACUGGAAACCAGCUGCACCAAUGUGUUGGAGGAAACACCAUUCAACUGAUGACCGAAGUCAGCCUGCAGGCGCCCAUCCCACCACAAGGAGUCGCUAGAGCGAGAUGAGCCAAAUAUAGCCCCCCCCCUAUUGUUACAGGUUACAGAUCACUUCUAAAUACGAGGUUCACCGCUAUUCAUCGAGGUUCUCAUCUCUCGUUUCAUGAUGGGCACGGACACGUAGCCUACAUCAUGGAGGGGGUUUUACGCACGUCCAAAGCGGGACCUGCAUGGCUAAAAUAAUGUGGGCCUGCCUACAAUACAUAGAUAAAAAGGGAAUGUCAGCUCACUGUUUUACUCCUCUCAAACUUGAUAUUUUAAUAAAGCUUUGGUGAUUUAAGAUUUAUUUCCAAGCGGUCUCAGGAACCAAACCCUUUAUUGACAGUCUUGACUACUUCGCAGUGGUGGAAAAAGUACUCAAUUCUCAUACUUGAGUAAAAGUAAAGAUACCUUAAUAGAAAACGACUCAAGUAAAAGUGAAAGUCAGCCAGUAAAAUACUACUCGAGUAAAAGUCUAAAAGUAUUUGGUUUUAAAUAUACUUAAGUAUCAAAAGUAAAUGUAGUUGCUAAAAUAUACUUACGUAUCAAAAGUAAAAGUACGAAUAAUUAAAAAUUCCUUAUAUUAAGCAAACCAGAUGGCACAAUUUUCUUGUUUUUUAAAUGUAUGGAUAGCCAGGGUCAUACUCCAACACUCAUACAUCAUUUAAAACAAAGCAUUCGUGUCUAGUGAGUCAGAUCAGAGGCAGUAGGGAUGAUCAGGGAUGUUCUCUUGAUAAGUGUGCGAAUUGGACCAUUUUCUGUCCUGCUAAGCAUUCAAAAUGUAACGAGUACUUUUGGGUGUCAGGGAAAAUGUAUGGAGUAAAAAGUACAUCAUUUUCUUUAGGAAUGUAGUGAAGUAAAAGUUGUCAAAAAUUGAAAUAGUAAAGUAAAGUACAGAUACCCCAAAAAAACUACUUAAGUAGUACUUUAAAGUAUUUUUACUUCAGUACUUUACACCACUGAAAAUUACUUACAACCGGUGAGCGCGGUAAGCUAUACCAAUUCAUCCAUUUCGCUUAAAAGGACCUAAAGAAUUAGUCCUCACCUCAUUGAGCCAUUAAGUUGCGUGUUAUGGUAAGGUCUGCAGCAUUAUGGUGAUGAGCUCUGUUAUGGAAAGGUCUGCAGCAUUAUGGUGAUGAGCUCUGUUAGGGAAAGGUCUGUAGCAUUAUGGUGAUGAGCUCUGUUAUGGAAAGGUCUGCAGCAUUAUGGUGAAAGGUCUGCAGCAUUAUGGUGAUGAGCUGUUUUAGGGAAAGGUCUGUAGCAUUAUGGUGAUGAGCUGUUUUAGGGAAAGGUCUGCAGCAUUAUGGUUAUGAGCUCUGUUAGGGAAAGGUCUGCAGCAUUAUUGUUAUGAGCUCUGUUAGGGAAAGGUCUGUAGCAUUAUGGUGAUGACCUCUGUUAGGGAAAGGUCUGCAGCAUUAUGGUGAUGAGCUGUUUUAGGGAAAGGUCUGUAGCAUUAUGGUGAUGACCUCUUGCAGAGAACACAUAUUGCAGCACACCAUGUUCAGGAAGUGAAUAUAUUAUAAAUUUAACUGCUACUGGUCUUUUCAGUAUUUAAUUGAACCUUUACCUGUAUAUGUGAAAGAUUUGCUAAAGGUCAGACUGCAUUAAAUUACAAAGCUCCUCAUAAUCAGUGUUUAACUUGGAUUGAAAUAGGGGCUCGUACUCAUUUUGGGUGCUGUUACUGUUUACAUUUAGGGAUCAGGAGCGCCACAAUACUUUUGGACCUGCUACUGUCAGCUGUGUGCAGACUAGAGAGGUGUUAUGGAAGUACCAAUAGUGUAAUCUCUGAUACUCACAUAUAGUUUAUAACACCUUUAUAUAUGAAAGGGAUCUAUAAGCAUUCAUAACACCUGACAUGAAUGUUUCAUAAUACCUUUAUGAGCAUUGCAGGAUCAUUCAUAACACCUGACAUUAAUGUUUCAUAAUACCUUUAUGAGCGUUGCAGGAUCCUUCAUAACACCUGACAUUAAUGUUUCAUAAUACCUCAUUGAGCGUUGCAGGAUCCUUCAUAACACCUGACAUGAAUGUUUCAUAAUAACUCUAUGAGCGUUGCAGGAUCCUUCAUAACACCUGACAUGAAUGUUUCAUAAUACCUCUAUGAGCGUUGCAGGAUCCUUCAUAACACCUGACAUGAAUGUUUCAUAAUACCUCUAUGAGCGUUGCAGGAUCCUUCAUAACACCUGACAUGAAUGUUUCAUAAUACCUCUAUGAGCGUUGCAGGAUCCUUCAUAACACCUGACAUUAAUGUUUCAUAAUACCUCUAUGAGUGUUGCAGGAUCCUUCAUAACAGGCUUAGCACUAUACACAUUGGACAAUUGUCAAAACCUUUACAGAUAUGUUUCAGAAUGAGAUUUGAAGUUUCCAGAAUAACUAUGCUCCUUUUUGAACUCCUCUCUUUUCAUUAUAUUUCAUUUGAACCAAGCGUAAAAAGUAUGCUCGAUGUCAACUCGGGACCUUAUGGAAUGGCUGGCAGGGUUCUGUGUAAUCCUCCUCUUCAAAAGCAGCCAACCAAAGUAAAAGGCUAAAACACAGUUAAGCCUGAGGGCUACGAUGCUCAGAACCCUUAACUACAGACAUUUAUAAAUAAUACAAAAGGAAAGAACCUGUCAGAAGAGAUUUAAAUCACAGCAGUGCUGAAAUAUAGUUUUAAGGGCAAAGUGUGAACCCACAAAAUUCCACAAUUUGGUUCCGCUCAAAGGGUUGGCCAGACGCAGGUUCUUAAGAUUAAUUGGCUGUUGAGAAAAUAAGUUAUCAAUUUGACAGUCUUAUGAAGGCAAGUAUAAUCCCACUAUGUUCUACAGAGUGUUUUUGUGUUCAUGAAUAGUUCCGCAUCAUGAUUCCACAGGGCUGCUUGUGUGUUCAUGGAUUGUUCAACAUCACAAGUUUCCGCUUAAUUCUGAGGACAUUCAUUUCAUAGGCAAGUUCUUAGCUGUACCAGAUUUAUUUUUUAUUUUUUUAACAUUUGAACUGCAGACUGAAAUAGGGAAUGGCCUAUCAAACAAAAUGAAGCCCAAUGAAAUGACAGUCUCUCUUCAUCAUUCAUAGACUGAUCCCUUGAAAGCAGGAACACAUGGUAAUGUCCUGUGGCUCUGAUUAUGUCCUGUACUUCAGUGGACUGGGACUUUGUUGUUUACUGUAGAACACAAAAUGGAGAAUACAAACAUGAAUACGACAUAGUGGACACUACGAAAGACAACACUAUUAUUGCACACAAUUUGUUGUGUUUUUUUCCCUCACCCAUCUGCACACAAUACUCCAUAAUGACAAAGUGAAAACAUGUUUUUAAAUUUUUUUUUCCCAAAUGUAUUUCAAAUGAGAUACAGAAAUCUCAUUUACCCUGAGUCAAUACUUUUGUAGAAUCACAUUUGGCAGCGAUUACAGCUGUGAGUCUUUCUGGGUAAGUCUCUAAGAGCUUUCCACACCCGGAUUGUGCAACAUUUGCCCAUUAUUCUUUUCAAAAUUAUUCAAGCUCUGUCAAAUUGGUUGUUGAUCAUUGCUAGACAACCAUUUAAGUUUUGGCAUAGAUUUUCAAGCUAAUUUAAGUCAAAACUGUAACUCAGCCACUCAGGAACAUUCACUAUCUUCUUGGUAAGCAACUCCAGUGUAGAUUUUCCCUUGUGUUUUAGGUUAUUGUCCUGCUGAAAGAUGAAUUUCUCCAAGUGUCUGGUGGAAAGCAGACUGAACCAGGUUUUCCUCUACGAUUUUGCAUGUGCUUGGCUCCAUUCAGUAUUUUGUUAUGCUGAAAAACUCCCCAGUCCUUAACCCAUAACAUGAUGCAGCCACCACUAUGCUUGAAAAUAUGGAGAGUGGUACUCAGUAAUGUGUUGUAUUGGAUUUGCCCCAAACAUAACACUUUGUAUUCAGGACAAAAAGUUAAUUUCUUUGCAGUAUUACUUUAGUGCCUUGUUGCAAAUAGAAUGCAUGUUUUAAAAUAUUUGUAUUCUGCACAGGUUUCCUUCUUUUCACUCUGUCAAUUAGGUUAGUAUUGUGGAGUAACUACAAUGUUGUUGAUCCAUCCUCAGUUUUCUCCUAUCACAGCCAUUAAACUAUGUAACUGUUUUAAUGUCACCAUUGUAUGUGUGGGGUACAGAGAUGAGGUAGUCAUUCAAAAAACAUGUUAAACACUAUUAUUGCACACAGAGUGAGUCCAUGCAACUUAUUAUGUGACUUGUUAAGCGAAUUUUUACUCCUGAACUUAUUUAGGCUUGCCAUAACAAAGGGGUUGAAUACUUAUUGAUUCAAGACAUUUCAGCUUUUCAUUUUUAAAGAAUUUGUAAAAGUUUCAACAAAUAUAAUUCCACUUUGACAUUAUGGGGUAUUGUGUGUAGGCCAGUGACAAAAAAACUCAAUUUAAUCAAUUUCAAAUUCCGGCUGUAACACAACAAAAUGUGUAAAAAGUGAAGGAGUGUGAAUACUUUCUGAAGGCACUGUAACUGCCUUAAUUUAGCUGGACCCCAGGAAGAGUAGCUGCUGCUUUGAUAGGAACCAAUGGGGAUCCAUAAUAAAUCCCAGGAAGAGUAGCUGCUGCCUUGGCAGGAACUCAUGGGGAUCCAUAAUGAACCCCAGGAAGAGUAUCUGCUGCCUUGGCAGGAAAUAAUGGGGAUCCAUAAUAAACCCCAGGAAGAGUAGCUGCUGCCUUGGCAGGAACUUAUGGGGAUCCAUAAUAAACCCCAGGAAGAGUAGCUGCUGCCUUGGUAGGAAAUAAUGGGGAUCCAUAAUAAAUACAAAUAGUGGGCCUUUUACACUAGGAAGGAAGGACAUAGUGGGACAAGUUAAAUCUCCAAAAUGAUCAACCAUUGUGGUUCAUGUCCCUCACAGUUUUACUCAUUUUAUGAGCAGUAUCUGAAAUGAGCAACAAAAAAAGUGUCAGAAAUACUAAGGAGCAGUAGGCUUUAAACUGUUAAAAUUCAAUUUGCCUUCAUUAGCUGAAGAACUGAACCGCGGAAGAUAGGGAUGCUACACAGAGCCACAACACAGAGCCAUAUGCAUUAGUUCCAGUAGAAUCUACACUGGGCACAGAUCAUUUGGAUUUACAUUUGGUAGAGUUGUCAACUAAUGUGAAUUCAACAUGAAAUCAUCAAAACGUUUCACCAUGUCAUUGGAUUUAGAUUAAAAGUUGGGUGAAAACAAGAUGGUUGUUGACGACUUUUUGCAAAUCCAAUUAGUUUUCCAUGUUGAUUCAACAUCAUCACAUAGAUUUUUGUUGGUUGAAAUGACGGCUGCAACAACGUUGAUUCAACCAGUUUUUUGCCCAGUGGGUCCUCACACAUCACUGCUUUCAAUGAGACUGUGAAAAGCAUUGUGUCACUCAUUUGAUUGUUCAUGUUAGGGCAGUAAAUGGAAGGAGACAGACUGGAGGCACCUGCAGAUAUUUGAUUUUGUUCUUGCUAUUUAUAUCGAGUUGGUAUGAUCAGUACCGCCAAACUAUGAAUAACAAUGCAGAACUAGUUCAGAAGAAUUCUCUAUUGACACUAAAUUCCUCCCCAGCAUAGUGGAUUGAACACUAAAUUCCUCCCCAGCAUAGUGGAUUGAACACUCCUGCAACAAUACCAGGGCUAAAUAAAUGGAUAGCCUAUUUCUGCAUUGCAUGAUAUAAAAUGCUGUUUGUUGAGCCCUUAAGGCCCACCCCCUUAAGGACACCCACCCCCUUAAGGGGGUGGGUGUCCAAUUCUAUAAUUAUUCAAAGCUCAGAGGGAGUUCGAGCAUUUGCUUGGAUGUCAUUAAUUUCACAAUAAACCAUAAACUAUACUCUGACCCUGACAGCAGUUCCUAAGCGUUCACACAAAAUGCAUAAACAGAAUCCUAACUGCUCCCUUUGUAAACCACCCACCUAAGAUACCCCUCUCUAGAAACACAAUGAAAAUGCACAUUAUUUCAACUUUUGAUCAGUAACCCCAUCUUCUGAUAUCCCCCCGAUUUUCCAGAAAAAGGUUUUAGUAUGAGAUGUUUAAAAUAGACUGACAUUUAUUUUAAAAAAAAUCCUGAAGUAAUAUACCGUCUAUGUAUAAAUGUGGGAUUGUUCUCUAAAUUCAGCUCUGUCUCUCAACAGUCAAAGACCUACAUGUGCAGCAGCCAGGGUAAAGUACUGUAUUUCACCAUAGACUUUGAAUCAGGCUUCACUUGUUCCGAGAGCUCCUCGAAGGUGAGUAAUUGUUCAUUCACUAUUCUAACUGAAACUUCAACAGUCGAUCCAGUAAAGGGGAUAUUGUCCAUGCUAGACUGGUUAAUACCUACUGUUUACUACUGAUUGGUCAAAAAAUAAUGAACCCUUGCUAUAUUUCUCACUGUUAUCCCCCUGUAGAAUAUAUUAUGGAGAUACAAAUUCUCUCAACUGAAAGGCUCCUCUGAUGAUGGGAAAACAAGGGUGAAGCUCCUCUUCAGGAAUGCUGAAAACAAACAGAUAGAGAGGAAGGUACAGUGAUGCUGCAUAUGACAUCAUCUCAACUUCCAUUGCAGUGGCCUCUCUGAGGAGAGUAUUGAUAAGAGGGCAGAAUGUUUGAAUACUGUGGUCAUAUUACAAUAGUAUUGAUAGACGGCAGAAUGUUUGAAUACUGUGAUCACAUAUUAAAGUGGAACUGACAGCGUUUUAACUACAGUACUUUGCAGAUAUGAAACAAACAGACAAUCAUAAUAAUAAAAAAUAUAAAAUUCCCAGUUUAUGCUACAGAACUAACUUUAUAAGAGGUUUUAAAAAUAGGUUAUAUUUGUCUCAAAAUUCCAUGAUGUACAUUAAGUCAUUGUUGGCAGAAUAGAUGGAUGCAGUUCAAUGCAUGAUUAAUGUAAUUCACCAAUACAUUUGUUGGUAGUCCAAAAAAUAUUGCUAUCAGGUUGUAAAUGUAAAUGUAAAUGUAAAUCACAGCUACCUGGUACAUUGUUUGCUGCCACCAUUCGGGGAUGCACUGUUUCAGUUUCAGUCACUCAGUAUUUUGGACAAAAACGGACUAAUGUAAAUAAGGCUUGGAAUGUCAAUACAAUCAAACUAGCAAGGGCAAUGAUCACAAUGCAGUCAUAACGUGUCUAAUAGGCUAGCGUAUCUAUUUAUUUAGCUAUUUAUUUAGCAAGCUAAAAACAAGGAGCCUAACGUUAGCUAGCUGCUGGGAGGAUGUCAUGUCGUUCAUUGGAAGAGUGGGUGAAUUUUCCCCUCAUAUCGUUUUUCACUGGCUACAGCUAGAGAUGCCGGUGUCAUUUGGUUAGCUAGCUAGCUAGCUAUGCUGAACUUUAACGACUGUUAUUCAGUUUGCAUAUCUCUUGCGUUCGUAAAUUCACUCUGGCUAUGUACUCGGAUUUCAGUGUGCCAGAGUGCAGGUGAUGAAUUUACGAACGCGCAACUCCCGCUCAAUAUGACCGGUGUCAGUAAAUGUCGGCAAACAGGAAUUCAAUUGUUGCCAGCAGCACAGUUAGUCACUAACACGCUAGAUAACAUGUAAACAUCCUAGGGUGAGUAAAAUUGUCAGCUAGCCAAUUUCAGCCAGUUAUCUUAGGUGCUUGACUGCUGUUGUGAGGAACGCUCGGAUCAACCCUCGGCCAGAGCGUCCAGUGUCAAUAGUGUGGUCUGAACGCAAAUGCUCUUGAGUUUACAAACCACCCAGAGCGCACUCAGACACACUGGAGUCAAUUUACGAAUGCACCCUUAGUUGGAAAUCAAAUGUAUUUGGCAUCGAUCAAAUGGGCGAGCAGGCAAGUUCCCAUUCAGUUGUCAAAACGUGGGUUGGGACAAGCAUGCAUUGGCAGGCAAGCUGCAGAAGGACGAGCAGGCUACUAUUUCCCAUCGUUUAUCAGUGCAAUUUUGACGGCCAACUAGCUGAAAAUGUUUGAGAGGGUUUAUCUGAUGUUCCCUCGUUAGAUUUUAGCUUACCUCUCUCUGGCUAGCAUUAGUUGUUGAUCUUUUUGAUGUGCAUAACUGAUGGAGAGAGCCUACCGUUUCAUGGUUGUUUGAUCAAUAGGGCUGUAAAGUUCCCAAAUGUGAGAGGACUCUCGUGGUAUUUCCAUGUUUGCAGAAAUCCAUUCAGGUGUAUUUUGUGGCUUUUGGUGAAUGCGUUCUAAUGAUCUAAAGUCACUCUGUUGCUACUGCCUGUAAACACACAGUCCAGUUCAAAGUGAAUGAUGGCAGACCCGUGUGGCAAAUGGCUUGUUUGCAUGAAGGCCUACUGUAGCUCUGAUUGACUAUGGCACACCGGUCUGCGUAGACUCUGGUCCUGGACGAGAUAGAUGUUUUUAUUAGGUUUUAUUUACUGCAGUGACUAUUAAUUGUCCAAACGCAUGGCCACUUUCCCACUCUAUAUUGCUAUAGAAUGUUCAUAAAUACUUUACUCUACGCCAUUCCCAAACAUUCUAAGAAUUUAUGAAAAUUGAAAAAUGACCAUAUCUAAGUGCUUGCUGUAAAAAAGGUGUCAUAUUCUUCCUGGGGGUGUAUAUGAACAGAUUUUAAUAAGAUUUCAUGUUGGUAAAAUGCUGUCAGUUCCACUUUAAAAUAGUAUUGAUAGGGAGCAGAAUGUUUGAAUACUGUGGUUAUACUAAAAUUGGCUUUUGCUACCUCAUCAAUAUAUACAGUGCCUUGCAAAAGUAUUCAUCCCCCUUGGCGUUUUUCCUAUUUUGUUGCAUUACAACCUGUAAUUUAAAUAGAUUUUUAUUUGGAUUUCAUGUAAUGGACAUACACAAAAUAGUCCAAAUUGGUGAAGUGAAAUGAAAAAAAUAACUUGUUUAAAAAAAAUAAAAAAAAUAAUAAUAACGGAAAAGUAGUGCGUGCAUAUGUAUUCACCCCUUUGCUAUGAAGCCCCUAAAUAAGAUCUGGUGCAACCAAUUACCUUCAGAAGUCACAUAAUUAGUUAAAUAAAGUCCACCUAUGUGCAAUCUAAGUGUCACAUGAUCUGUCACAUGAUCUCAGUAUAUAUACACCUGUUCUGAAAGGCCCCAGAGUCUGCAACACCAUUAAUCAGAGAGGCAACAAAGAGACCAAAGAUAACCCUGAAGGAGCUGCAAAGCUCCACAGCAGAGAUUGGAGUAUCUGUCCAUAGGACCACUUUAAGCCGUACACUCCACAGAGCUGGGCUUUACGGAAAAGUGGCCAGAAAAAAGCCAUUGCUUAAAGAACAAAAUAAGCAAACACGUUUGGUGUUCGCCAAAAGGCAUGUGGGAGACUCCCCAAACAUAUGGAAGAAGGUACUCUGGUCAGAUCAGACUGAAAUUGAGCUUUUUGGCCAUCAAGGAAAACACUACGUCUGGCGCAAACCCAACACCUCUCAUCACCCCGAGAACACCAUCGGCAGGGACUGGGAAACUGGUCAGAAUUGAAGGAAUGAUGGAUGGCGCUAAAUACAGGGAAAUUCUUGAGGGAAACCUGUUUCAGUCUUCUAGAGAUUUGAGACUUGGACGGAGGUUCACCUUCCAGCAGGACAAUGACCCUAAGCAUACUGCUAAAGCAGUUUUGCCUUGAAGAAUGGGCAAAAAUCCCAGUGGGUAAAUGUACCAAGCUUAUAGAGACAUACCCCAAGAGAGUUGCAGUUGUAAUUGCUGCAAAAGGUGGCUCUACAAAGUAUUGACUUUGGUGGGGUGAAUAGUUAUGCACGCUCAAGUUUAGUUUUUUUGUCUUAUUUCUUGUUUGUUUCACCCCAAAACAUAUUUUGCGUCUUCAAAGUGGUAGGCAUGUUGUGUAAAUCAAAUGAUACAACCCCCCCCCCAAAAUCCAUUUUAUUUGCAGGUUGUAAGGCAACAAAAUAGGAAAAAUGCAAAGGCGGGUGAAUACUUUUGCAAGCCACUGUAGAACCAAACUAUUUCUGGUAAAUGCCAUGUGGGGAACAAGUAGAGUUAUUAUUAUUAUUAUUAUUAUUAUUAUUAUUAUUAUUAUUAUGAGUGCCUAUUUGUUACAAAAGUAAUUGUGAAAUUUUUAUGUAUGCAAACAUUAUGUAAAUGUUAUGCAAACUGUUAAGAAUGUUUUUCACAAUUUGUAUUCAGGGUUUUUCUUUUCGUUGCAGGAGCUGGAGUUUGCCAAUCUGACGGCAGUCCUCCAUUGUAUUUCUUCUUUUAUGGCUUCCAAAGUGGCCUCUGUGGACCAGGUCUUUGUCAACAGUCAAAGCAACUCUGGAAAGUACCUGAGUUAG